AUGACCCCGAUGACGUCGCCUAGCAAGCUGCUGCAUGGUGUCGCCGUCUGGUGGCCGGAUGCAGAGAUGAAAUGCCGGGAUAAACAUGACGACUGCAACGCGAGAAGCCCUAGCGGCCGGCUGCAGCUGAUGAAUCACUGUUUGGUCGGCGAGACUGCCCCCGACGUCGCUCGCUGCCCGUGCCUCGCGCGACUACUGAGCGAACGGCGGCGGCAGUCUAGCUAUCCAUUCAAUUAUUGCUAUGCGAAAAUAUCGGGACAGCGGGAUGAGAAGAAGAGGAGGCAAGAGAGAGAGAGAGAGACAGAGAGAGAGAGAGAAGAGAGAGAGCCGCCAGAGAGAGAGAGAGAGAAAGAAGAGAGAGAGAGAGAGGAGGAGAAGAGAGAGAGAGAGAAAGAAGAGAGAGAGAGAGAGAAGGAGAGAGAAGAGAGCAGAGAGAGAGAGAAGAGAGAAGAGGAGGAGCUAAAAGAGAGAGUAGAGAGAGAGAGAGAGAGAGAAAGAGAGAAGAGAGAGAGGACGGAGAGAGAGAGAGAGAGAGAGAAGAAGAGAGUAGAGAGAGAGAAGAGAGAGAGAGAUGAGAGAGAGAGAGAGAGAGAGAGAGAG